CCAGAGGCAGUAACGACUCGGCUAUAUUGGGAGAGAGACGUGUGUGCUACAGUUUUUUUUUCAUUUAUCGUUUCGUUAAAAAUAGAUUUGUGUAUUACAGUGAAUUCUCUGCAGCUUGUCGUGAUUGGUGAAAUGUUUUUGUGAAGUGAAUAUUGUGUUAUUUUUAAAAAAGCUGUGUGAACACGUGGUUUGGAUAACUUUUGUUAUUUAUGCAAAAAUACACGGUGAUUCUGAAUGAUUAACAUAUUUUUAGUUUAGACUAAUGAGGUUAUCUAAUGAAAUUUGUAGUCAGUGUGCAGGAAUUUCUACUUGUAUUUUUUUCUGUUCGACUGAUAGUUCCAGCGAUUAAUUUAAACAAAAAAAAAAUGAAAAUGUUUGAAGCGAUCAUUUUGCGGCAGCACGCAGCAAAAUGACAAAGAAUACUCAAGAAAUGAUCGGGAUCAGCUCGCCCAGGAUCUAUGGUCGCUACAAAAUCCUUCUGCUCUGCCUGGCUGUCUAUGCACUAGUGGUGUUGACCAAGUUAUGGCACAGUGCGGAGAUCGGCCAGGCGCUCCUGCUGCCGGCGCCGGCGGACCACCUGGAACAUUACCGGAGGACCAGGAGAUUGGAGGACUAUUUAGAUAACAUACAGAUUCUAAUAGAGCCAUCUCACACGCCGUGCGACGGGCCUGAACGGGUGCCGCUGCUGGUUCUGGUGGCCAGCGCCCCGGGCAGGCUCGACCGGCGCGACGUCAUCAGGGGCACUUGGGCGAAGCGGCAACCCACGUACUUCGUGCUCGGGACCGAACCCCAAGGAAUCGAUGGGAGCUUUGCGGACAUCUAUCUCGAAGCGAAAGAACACGGCGACAUGAUUGUGUUCGACCUGGUGGACCACUACCAGAACCUGACCCUGAAGACGGCUCUGAUGCUGCAGUGGACCCUAAGGAGGUGUCCGCAGACCGAGUUCCUGUUUAAGACUGAUGACGACGUGUUCGUCAACCCCUGGAUGCUGGAAGAGGUGCUCCAGGAUAAUGAGGAUUACAAACUAGUUGGGUACAUGAAGAACAACAGCAGAUUACAUCGGGACGCGUACAAUAAGUGGUUCUCACCUCGCUGGCUGAGAUUUGAGGACCACCUCCCGGAGUACCUCUCGGGGACUGGGUACCUCAUCAAUGGUGAAUACAUUGAAAAAAUACUAAAAGCCGCCAAGAAAGUGCCAUUAUUAAAUUUAGAAGAUGUAUAUUUUACUUAUCUAGUAGCUAAGGAAAACCUAGGGUUUAACUUGAAACACGACAGGAGGCUGAGCCCAUACAAACCCUUGAUAUCCACCCCGUGUUCCUAUGUGGGCCUCGCGUCUAUACACAGUCUCAGUCCAGAUGAAAUUUAUGCAGCUUGGACUAAAUUGUUGAAAGUUGUGAACAACAAUCAAACAUGUGAUAAUUACAAGUUUUUGUAUAGUGAUUGGCUUUUAUAUUGAUUUAUUUUUAAUGUAAAAAUGUGUUUAUUGAUCUCUUUAUUUGAAGCAACGAGCUAUUUGUUGAUUUUAAGUCCUCUGUGGCUUAUCAAAUACUUAUAAACCUUUGAAAUUUUGGUAAACGGAUAUAACAUAACCUGGAAUAACACAUAGGGUACUUUUUGUCCCGAAAUUCCCACGAAAGCAAAGUCCCAGGGCGCAGUAUAACUGUAUAAUUAUAUUUGCUACAAAGCUGUUACGAAAUGAGACGAAAUGAGAAAUUGUAACAAAGGACAAAUUAAUAUUAGGUAGGUAGUAUACUUUUGUAUAACCUUUCAAAAUAACGUCGCGUGGGUCUAGUGAAGUGUUAGACAAGUCUUCAUAAAAAUCAUGGAAUUAGUAGGUACUCCGUGCACGAAGUACUUACUAAAUCCAUGAUAAAAAUUAUGUGUUUAUAUCAUUGAUGUUGAACUACUUAUAAUAUUUUAAUCUACACUCUACACACUAUGAAGAAAAUGAGUUUCAGAAAGUUUUUUAUUAUUAUUUUUGUUAUUAUUGUUUAUAUUUCUAAAAGGUAAUACUUAAUGUACUUAAAAAUAGUAUUUUUCAAGUUAUAAAUAAGUAGAUAUACGAUUUAAAAAGAGUGGAUUAACGUUUUUAAGUGUGCUCAGUUUACAUACUUAGAGUACAUAUAUAAUAUAAACAAAAUAUGUGAUAACGCGUAGGUUUGUUUGUGCUUCUUUCACGUCAAAACGGUGCAUUGGAUUGAGGUGAUUAUUUUGUGGUGUGAAGAUAAUAGGAGACCUGGAGAGUGACAAAGGGUACUUUUAUUUUCCAGAUGGACCCAUUUGCAAUAGUUUAUAUUUUAUACAUUUUUAUAUAUACCUAACCUAUUAUGGGUGACGCCAUAUUUUUUAACGCUUAUUUCAAGGGUUGAAUUGAAUAUUAUGAUAAACCUAUGUCGCUGUUUGUCGACUUUAACGAAGUGAAUGAUAGGCUUUAACGAGUUUGUAGCGCGAUAACUUUCGAACCGUUGGUCCGGUUUUGAUGAAAUUUAAAAGGUAUGUAGGAUCUGUCAAUGGAAUUUUUAAGUUCGUGCGGCAUCAAAAUCGGUUAAGUCGUUCUUGAAAUAUUCACAAUUUUGUAGAAAAAACUCAUCAAAAAAUUAUUGUGUUCGCGAGGUUAAGUUCACGGCGAACAACUAGUUAAAACAGAAGCGAUUUUGCUUAUGAUCUAAGUUAUGUUAAAAAUGUUCAAUAACUAGGUAUAAGUAGGCUAUGUUGAAAUGUCCAAUCUGAGAACCAAUAUUUAUAUUGGAAGCUUUGUACAAUAUCAAAUCAAUCAUGUAACAUUGACGUAUUUGUAUUUUUUGUAAUUUUGAUUAAAUAACAGUAAAGAUCAAAGAUUAAUUUAUA